AUGACACAGUUGUUUGAAAGCGAUUUCCGGAACACAAAUCCAAAGUGUUUCUAUGAAAUGAGAAACGCUAAAGAAGAAAAACAUUUCCGCAAGAGAGUGGAUUCAGCGAUGAUCAAACAUAAUUAUCUAGCUGUGAUGUUUUCGAUUUUCUGUCUUACAACAACAGAGGCUCCCAAACCUGAGGCUACCACAGCUGACACUUCAACUGAUGGUACACCAACAACUGCUGCCACAAUAGAUGUUACCACAACUGAACCUACCACUGCUGAGAGUACCACACCUGAGGUUACCACAACAGAGGCUUCCACACCUGAGGCUACUACAACUGAGGUUACCACAAUUGAGUCUACCACAUCAGAGGCUACCACAGCUGAAACUUCAACUGAUGGUACACCAACAACUGCUGCCAUAAUAGAUGUUACCACAACUGAACCUACCAUACCUGCGUCUACCACUCCUGAGACUACCACACCUGAGGUUACCACAACAGAGGCUUCCACACCUGAGGCUACUACAACUGAUGUUACCACAAUUGAGCCUACCACAUCUGAGGCUACCACAGCUGACACUUCAACUGAUGGUACACCAACAACUGCUUCCACAAUAUAUGUUACCACAACUGAACUUACCACACCUGCGACUACCACUUCUGAGAGUACCACACCUGAGGCUGCUACAACAGAGGCUACCAAACCUGAGGCUAAAACAAUUGAAACUACCACAACUGAGGAAACAACAACUGAGGCUACAACAAGUGAGGCUACAACACCUGAGACUAUCACAAUUAAGUCUACCACAUUUGAGGCUACCACAAGUAAGGCUACCACAUCAGAGGCUACCACAGCUGAAACUUCAACUGAUGGUACAUCAACAACUGCUGCCACAAUAGAUGUUACCACAACUGAACCUACCACACCUGCGACUACCACUGCUGAGAGUACCACAAUUGAGUCUACCACAUCUGAGGCUACCACAGCUGAAACUUCAACUGAACCUACCACUGCUGAGAGUACCACACCUGAGGCUACAACAACUGAGGCAACAACAACUGAGGCAACAACAAGUGAGUCUAUCACAACUGAAACAACAAUAACUGAGGCUACAACAACUGAGGCUACAACAACUGAGGCAACAACAACUGAGGCAACAACAAGUGAGGUUACAACAACUGAGGCUACAACAAGUGAUGCUACAACAGGUGAGUAUAUAACAUCUGAGGCUAUAACAACUGAGGUUACAACAAGUGAGGCUACAAUAAGUGAGUCUAUCACAACUGAGGCAACUAUAAGUGAGGUAACAACAACUGAGGCAACAACAAGUGAGGCUACAACAACUGACGCCACAACAGCUGAGGCUACAACAACUACAACAAGUGAGGCUACAACAAGUGAGGCUACAAGAACAGAAGCUACAACAACUGAGGCUACCACAACUGAGGCAACAACAAGUGAGGCUAUCAUAACUGAGGCUAUCACAACUGAGGCUACAACAACUCAUCCAACAACAACUCAGGCAACAACAACUGAGUCUACAACAACUGAGGCUACAACAAGCUAUCACAACACAACAAAUGAGGCAACAAUAUCUGAGGCCAAAACAACUGAGGCUACAACAAGCGAUGUUAUCACAAUUGCGGCAAUAACAACUGAGGCUACAACAAGUGAGGGUAGAAGUGAGACUACAACAACUGAGUCUACAACAAGUAAGGCUAUCACAACUGAGGCAACAACAACUGAGGCUACAACAAGUGAGGCUAUCACAACUGAGGCUAUCACAACUGAGGCUACAACAAGUGAGUUUACAACAAGUGAGUCUAUCACAACUGAGGCUAUAACAACUGAGGCUACAACAAGUGAGGCUACAACAAGUGAGUCUAUAACAACUGAGUCUAUCACAACUGAGGCUACAACAAGAGAGGCUACAACAACUGAGGCAACAACAAGUGAGGCAACAACAACUCAUCCAACAACAACUCAGGCAACAACAAGUGAGUCUAUCACAACUGAGGCUAUAACAACUGAGGCUACAACAAGUGAGGCUACAACAAAAGAGUCUAUCACAACUGAGGCUACAACAACUGAGGCUACAACAAGUGAGUCUACAACAAGUAAGGCUAUCACAUCUCAGCCUACAACAAGUGAUGCUACAAAGGCUACAACAACUCAGUCAACAACAAGUGAGACUACAACAAGUGAGGCUACAACAACUGAGGCUACAACAACUGAGGCAACAACAAGUGAGGUUACAACAAGUGAGUCCAUCACAACUGAGGCUACAACAACUCAGGCAUCAACAAGUGAGGCUAUCACAACUGAGGCAACAUCAACUGAGGCAACAACAAGUGAGAUUACAACAAGUGAGGCUACAACAAGUGAAUAUAUCACAACUGAGGCUAUAACAACUGAGGCUACAACAAGUGAGGCUACAACAAUUGAGUCUAUAACAAGUGAGUCUAUCACAACUGAGGCUACAACAAGUGAGGCUACAAUAAGUGAGUCUAUCACAGCUGAGGCAACAACAAGAGAGGCUACAACAACUGAGGCAACAACAAGUGAGGCAACAACAAGUGAGGUUACAACAACUGAGGCAACAACAAGUGAGGCUACAACAAUUGAGGCAACAACAACUCAGGCAACAACAACUGAGUCUACAACAACUGAGGCUACAACAAGUGAAGCUACAAUAACUGAGGCUACAACAACUGGAGCUACAGCAACUGAGGCUACAACAACAAGUGAGGCAACAACUCAGGCAACAACAAGUGAGGCUACAACAACUGAGGCUACAGCAAGUGAGGCUACAGCAACUGAGGCUACAACAACUGAGGCUACAUCAAGUAAGGCUACAACUGAGGCUACAACAACUGAGGCAACAACAACUGAGGCAACAACAAGUGAGGUUACAACAACUGAGGCAACAACAAGUGAGGCUACAACAAUUGAGGCAACAACAACUCAGGCAACAACAACUGAGGCAACUACUGAGGCUACAAUAACUGAGGCAACAACAAGUGAGGCUACAACAGGCUACAACAAGGCUACAACAACUGAGGCAUCAACAAGUGAGGCUAUCACAACAACAACUGAGUCUACAACAAGUAAGGAUACAACAACUGAGGCAACAACAAGUGAGGCUACACCACCUGAGGCAACAACAACUGACGCCACAACAACUGAGGCUACAACAAGUGAGAGUAUCACACCUGAGGCUAUAACAACUGAAACUACAACAACUGAUUUUACCACAACUGAAUCUGCAAGUGAUGGUACAUCAACAACUGUUACUACAAUAGAUGCUAUCACUCCUGAGACUACCACAACUGCGGAUGCUCCAACAACUGGUACGCCAACAACUGGUGCUCUAACAACUGAUGCUCCAACAACUGGUGCUCCAACAACGGACACCGUCACGGAAACAACAGGCACCAUCAAACGCUUUUGUAAUACUGAUGGCGAUUGGGAUGAUCCGGAUAUGAAUGACUGUAUGAGAAAGGCAUUUAAUGACACAUUAAAUGCACUCAAUAAGACCAAUUUAACUGCAACUGAAAUCGAAUCUUCUGUUAACAACGCUGUACACAAUAUCAACGAAGUCAUUUCCAAUGAUACUGAACCACAGAUGACUACUGGAGAACUGAAACAAACGACUGCCAUCUUAGAUCUCAUCACCAUUCUUGUCAAGAAUAACAGUGGUGUCAAUGUUACAAAUGAAACUACACAGAAUUUUUUCGGUAUCCUUGAUCACAUUCUGUCAGUCGAUUACAGCGAAAAAUGGGCGAAAGUAGAAAUUGACGGCAAAAAAGGAACAGGCGUUUCCAAGCUCAUGCUGACCGUAGAAAUAUUUGGUGCAGCCUUAGGUCAACGCUUGAACGACACAAGUCUUAUAAGAAUUGAUACAAUGGAAAAUAUAGUCAUUGAAAUUGGCAGAGUAAGCAACACCGGAAUACGUUUCUCUGCUGAUGAUUCUUCAAAUGACGGAAGUGCAGGAAAACUUAACAUUGAUUUAUCGUUAGAAGAGUUCAGUAAACAGAGUAACCAAACAUUUGUAGCAGCGGUGUAUAGAACAAUAGCAAAAGCUUUGGCUAACAGCAGCACAGAGGAAAUUUUCUCUCAGGUUUUGUCACUUUCUGUGCCUGAUAUAAAUACCUCUGUUCUGACAGAUCCGGUCAAAUUAACCUUUAAUACCAUUGAGGUAAAUAUCAUUGUCCUCGGCAUUGUUGUUAAGAUUGUGUAUUCGUCCAAGCAGAUACAGACAAAAUCAGAAAAGAAGGCAACUAUGGCCGGCAUACGGAGUAUGUCCAUACUACUUCCGGUUCUUGGUAUCACGUGGUUAUUUGGCACUUUGUCAGUUUAUGAUAACCUCAUGGUGUUUCAGUACUUGUUUGCCUUGACCAUCUCGCUUCAGGUUCGAGAAGCUCUUGUGCUGGUAAAGGAAAAAGUGGAAUUAUCAAAGAUGCAACUGUUCAAGUCAGAAAAUAAUGUGAUGAAAUCGUGGAAAGGUCACCAAGACGGUAACAGAGAUGAUUUUGAAAUCACAACUGAAACAGAUUUCAAACUCCCUCGCCCAAAUUUAUCUUUUGAGGGUGAUGGUGGUGGUUGUGAUGACUAUGUUGAAGAAAACUUUGAUGCAGCAGGCCGUGGGUCAGAAUGA